AUGGAUUCUCCCACAAAAACUGGACUAGAGAUCUCUGAUGAUUCAUUUGAAGAAAUCCCAUCAGUUUCAGACCACAAUGCCUCUUCUUCCCCUGAAACACCAAAGUCUGAGAGAAUACCUGUAGCUUUCAACUUUGAUAAUGGCAGUUCUGAUGUUACUCCGAAUCAUGAAUCCGACUCUUCGUAUUCUGAGUUAGACUCUGAAGCAGAAGCCUUUUAUUCGUCUCUUAACCACCACUUGGUCUCACCAGGAGCAAUGGAUAGUCAUGAGUUUGCUGAUAAACCAAUGAGUUAUGGAGAAUUGAUGAAGAAAUUUGUCCAAUGCGAGGAAGAGCUAAGGACUACGACUCUAAAGCUCGAAGAAUCUGAACAAGAGAUUGAGAAACUAAAAGGUGAGGCUGAGAAGAGAGACUCUGCUGUUACGCUUGCUGAGAAUCUACGCGCUGAGCUUGAAACUGCACGGAGAGAAGUAGAGAUGAGGGACACAGAUAUUGAGACUGAGAAAAGGCGAGUUCUUGAGAUGCAAAGACAGGUGGUUGAUUUGGAAACUAAGCUAUCAGACGCAAGUUUCAAGAUUGAGAAUCUAGUGAACGAGCUUGAAGUGAGUAGAGAAUGUUUAGAUGUAUCAGAUGCUGAGAUCUCAAAGCUGAAAGAGAUGUUGUGUGAUCGUCAAAUGGAAAAAGCAAAGCUGGAGACUGAUAUUGCUGGUGUGUUAGUAGAACAACAGGCUCUCUUCGAAGCUCGGUUCAAAGAAAUCAAAUCACGUGGUGAGGAAUUGGAAGAUCUAAUUAGGCAAUCUGAUGCUGAGAAAAUGGAGAUGAAGAGUAAAGAGGUUAAGUUGCAAGCUGAUAUCGAUGCAUUGAAGACAAACUUGACCUCCCGAGAUGAGCAUAUGGAAGCGUUGAACAAAGAUUUCGACAAGCAUAAGUUGAGAUACGACAUGUUAAUGGCAGAGAAAGAUGGAGUAUGUGCUGAAUUAGACAAUCUAAAAGCAGAGAUGAGAACAAGAGACAUCCAAAUGGAGGAGCAACUUAACCAGAUGCGUAAUACGCAUACCGAGCUUGUGUCUGUAUCAGGAACAGCCAAGAACACUGUUGAAGAACUAAGAGCUGUGGUUAAAGGACUGGAGAAGCAAGUAGAGUUGCAGAGAAAUGUGAUAUCAGAAGGAGAGGAAGAGAAACGAGAAGCGAUUAGACAGCUUUGUUUCUCUCUGGAUCAUUACAAAAGCGGAUACAGACAGCUUCUUCAGUUUCUUUCGAGCAAUAACAAGCAGCAACAACAAUCAUCAAUCAUGGUCGUUUGA